AUGGUUAACACCUCCAUCAUUGUCUCAGAAUUUGUACUGCAGUGUGCCAUCAAAUCAAACCUGAAAAACGUUACGAUUUGUGUUCUCACACUUGUCUACUUCAUAUCCACAUUUGGAAAUAUACUGGUGAUUGUGGCAGUAAUCCUGAGAUCUCAACUCCAUGCUCCAAUGUACAUUUACAUCGGCACCUUGGCAGCGAUAGACGUGGCAAACAACUCAAUUCUCAUCCCAAAGAUGCUGUCUGUCCUUCUGCUCGGCUCUUCAGUGGUGCCAUAUGCAGCCUGUGUGUUGCAAAUGAUUCUUGUGCCUCAUGUUGAAGAUAUGGAGUCCUUUCUCUUAUCUUUUAUGGCCAUUGAUCGCUACAUAGCUGUUGUUUACCCUUUGCAAUACGCUUCAGCCAUUACUAAUAAAAAAGUUGGCAUUAGUGUCUUAGUGUCAAAUAUCAUUGGAAUCAUUUUCAAAUCACCUGCCCUCUUUUUUGUUGGUGAGCUUUCAUUUUGUCGCACCAAUAUCCUCCCUGUAUGUUUCUGUGAUUAUAGUACAAUGGUCCGUGUGUCAUGUACUGAAGAUCCCAAGUACUUAACCUUCAUGACUGCUGCUGUAGCUACCACUGGUGUCUUCCCACUUGUGUUAAUUCUCCUUUCUUACAGUCGUAUUGCAAUGGCAGCAAUGGGUAAUUCUUCACCAGGUAGGAAAAGUAAGAUUUUCAGUACAUGUGUGACCCACCUGCUAGUGAUUGGACUCUUUUAUGUUCCACUUUCGUUGUCUUACAUAUUGACAGGAGUAGGAGUAACGAUAUCAACAGAAACUUACAAUGUUAUGUUUAUUCUUGGAAAUGUAGUGCCUCCUAUGAUGAACCCCAUUAUCUACAGCUUUAGGAAUAAAGAAAUUAAUAACAGCAUUCAUAGACUUUUUACUAGGAAACAGUAA